UCUGAGUGGCUGUAGCUCUCCUCCAGCUUGGGCGGAAGUUGCGCCACAGAAGCGCCAAAAGAGAACUGCGAAGGAGUUCGAGUGCGGCUUCUUGCCUGGUCUGCUGCGCAGAGCCUUCCCGACACCAGGGCGGCUCUUCCACCGCGCAGCCGAGGGAAGCGGCCGCCGAACUCGCCCGGCGGCGAGCUCAGAGGCCCGGGUACCUGCUAGUACACACCGCACGGGCACACCAGGCGUAGUUAAGGCGGGCUUUGCGGGUCGCCGAGCCUGCCUUCUUACACCUGUGUUCUCAACCGCGACGUUGAGAAGAGUGCGGCACGUAGCCUUGUCGCCUGAACUUUGAUUUUCGGGCAACUUUUAAUUUCAUUAGUUUACGUAAUUGUGAACGACUUGCUUAUUAACUAAAUCCCCUUAAGAUUCGAGUAGGUUCACUACAGUGUAUGAAUGUAUUCAUUUUGUAACUGCACGAUAUGAAUUUUUAAAGAAGACAUGAGUGGUGAGCAUAGAGGCAGAGGAUUUGGACGAGGAAGAUUCCAAAGCUGGAAAAGAGGAAGAGGUGGGAACUCCUCCGGAAAGUGGAGAGAAAGGGAACACAGAGCUGACCUUAGUAAAACAGCAGUAAAACAUCACUUUGAACAAAUACCACGACCUUUAUUACGACAGUCAACAUUGGAUCAGUUCAUACCAUAUAAGGGCUGGAAGCUUUAUUUCUCUGAAGUUUACAGUGAUAGCUCUCCUUUUAUUGAGAAGAUUCAAGCAUUUGAAAAAUUCUUCACAAGACAUAUUGACUUAUAUGAUAAGGAUGAAAUAGAGAGAAAGGGAAGUAUUUUGGUGGAUUUUAAAGAACUGAUAAAAGAUGAUGAAAUUACUAAUUUAAUGCCAGACAUAGCAAAUGCACUAAAGGACGCACCAGAGCAGACCUUGGCUUGUAUGGGUCUGGCAGUACACCAGGUUUUAACUCAGGACCUUGAAAGACAUGCAGCUGAAUUGCAAGCCCAAGAAGGACUGUCCAGUGAUGGAGAAACAAUGGUAAAUGUGCCACAUAUUUAUGCAAGAGUGUACAACUAUGAGCCCCUGACACACCUCAAGAAUGUCCGAGCAAAUUACUAUGGAAAGUACAUUGCUUUGAGAGGGACAGUGGUUCGUGUCAGUAACAUAAAGCCUCUUUGCACCAAGAUGGCUUUCCUUUGUGCUGCGUGUGGAGAGGUCCAGAGUUUUUCUCUUCCGGAUGGAAAAUAUAAUCUUCCCACAAAGUGUCCUGUGCCUGCAUGUCGAGGGAAGGCGUUCACUCCUCUGCGCAGCUCUCCUCUCACAGUUACAAUGGACUGGCAGUUGAUCAAAAUCCAGGAGCUGAUGUCUGAUGCUCAGCAAGAAGCCGGUCGGAUCCCUCGAACAAUAGAAUGUGAACUUGUUCAUGACCUUGUAGAUAGCUGUGUUCCAGGAGAUACAGUGACUGUUACUGGGAUUGUUAAAGUCUCAAAUGCUGAGGAAGGUUCUCGAAAUAAGAACGACAAAUGCAUGUUCCUUUUGUCCAUUGAGGCAAAUUCUAUUUGCAAUAGCAAAGGACAGAAAGCAAAGGCUUCAGAGGAUGGCUGUAAGCGUGGAACAUUGAUGGAGUUCUCACUUAAAGACCUUUAUGCGGUCCAGGAAAUCCAAGCUGAAGAAAACUUGUUUAAGCUCAUUGUCAACUCACUUUGCCCUGUCAUAUUUGGUCAUGAACUUGUUAAAGCAGGCCUGACAUUAGCACUCUUUGGAGGGAGCCAGAAGUAUGCAGAUGAUAAAAACAGAAUUCCAAUUCGAGGAGACCCGCAUGUCCUUAUUGUUGGCGAUCCAGGUUUGGGAAAGAGUCAGAUGCUACAGGCGGCGUGCAAUGUUGCUCCCCGUGGUGUGUAUGUCUGUGGUAAUACCACAACCAAUUCUGGUUUAACUGUAACUCUUUCAAAAGACAGUUCCUCUGGAGACUUUGCUUUGGAAGCUGGUGCCCUGGUACUUGGUGAUCAAGGCAUUUGUGGAAUUGAUGAAUUUGAUAAAAUGGGUAACCAACAUCAAGCCUUGUUAGAAGCAAUGGAACAACAAUGUAUUAGUCUUGCUAAAGCAGGUGUGGUUUGCAGCCUCCCUGCAAGAACUUCCAUAAUUGCUGCUGCAAAUCCAGUGGGAGGACACUACAAUAAAGCCAAAACAGUUUCUGAGAACUUAAAAAUGGGGAGUGCCCUACUCUCCAGGUUUGAUUUGGUCUUUGUCCUGAUGGAUACCCCAAAUGAGCAGCAUGAUCACUUACUUUCUGAACAUGUGAUUGCAAUCAGAGCUGGAAAGCAGAGAGCUGUUAGCAGUGCCACGGUAGCUCAUAUGAGAAGUCAAGAUUCAAAUACUUCUGUACUUCAAGUGGUUUCUGAGAAACCAUUAUCAGAGAGACUGAAGGUGCUUCCUGGAGAAACAAUAGAUCCAGUUCCACAUCAGCUGUUGAGAAAGUACAUUGGCUAUGCACGGCAGUAUGUCUGUCCACGAUUGUCCACAGAAGCUGCUCAAGUUCUUCAAGAUUUCUACCUGGAGCUCCGGAAACAGAGCCAGCGGCUAAGUAGCUCACCAAUCACUACCAGGCAGCUGGAAUCUUUGAUUCGUCUGACAGAGGCACGAGCAAGGUUAGAAUUGAGAGAAGAAGCAAUGAAAGAAGAUGCUGAAGAUAUAGUUGAAAUUAUGAAAUAUAGCAUGCUAGGAACUUACUCUGAUGAAUUUGGGAACCUAGACUUUGAGCGAUCUCAGCAUGGCUCUGGAAUGAGCAAUAGGUCAUCAGCAAAAAGAUUUAUUUCUGCUCUCAACAACAUUGCUGAAAGAACUUAUAAUAAUUUAUUUCAAUUUCAUCAACUUCGUCAGAUUGCCAAAGAACUAAACAUUCAGGUUGCUGAUUUUGAGAACUUCAUUGGAUCGCUAAAUGACCAGGGUUAUCUCUUGAAAAAGGGCCCAAAGAUUUACCAACUUCAAACCAUGUAAAAUGACUUUACCAAGUUAGGGUCACCUGUGGUUCAAGUUAAUUAAAAACCAUCUUAAUAAUGAAAACUGAGAAAGUAUUCUCUGGAAAAUGAUAUACUACAAGUAUUGUAACAGAAGUGUUAAAUACAGUCAGCUAAGAAUGGUAAAGUCAUGAGUUUAUGUUCCAUAACUUUUCCAGAAGGUUAAAAAUAAAUUAUUUACAUUAUUUUA